CACAGCACAGUAUACAGCAUUGUGAUGGAUACUUGCAAAGUAAUUUGUGACACCUUGCUCAAUGAAAUGAUGCCAACCCCUACUGAGGACACGUGGAGAAGUAAUGCUAAAGAGUUCUACACACGGUGGAAUUUUCCGAAUUGUUUAGGAUCCAUAGACGGAAAGCACGUUGUAAUUCAAGCACCACCAAAUACUGGGUCACAGUAUUUCAAUUACAAGAAAUCUUUCUCAGUGGUCCUAUUAGCCUUGGUAGACGCCCAGUACAACUUUGUUAUGGUUGACGUGGGUGCUUACGGCAAAAACAGUGAUGGAGGAAUUUUCUCCAGUACCAACUUUUGCAAGGCUGUUGAGAGAGAAGAACUGAGCAUCCCAAGUAGUGAAAAUUUGCCGCAGACGACCAUGGAAGUGCCAUACGUCAUGGUGGGGGACGAGGCAUUUCCUUUAAAGACCUAUCUGAUGAGGCCUUAUCCCAAAAACGAUUUGGACGAUGAAAAAUACAUUUUCAAUUACAGAUUGAGCCGUGCUAGAAGGGUAGUUGAAAAUGCUUUUGGAAUUUUGUGCCAGAAAUUUCGUAUUUUUAACAGACGAAUUCAAGCUGCCCCAGAGAAUGUAGACUUCAUUAUUUUGACAACCUGCAUCCUUCAUAACUUCAUUAAAAAAUAUGAUAAGGACACACACAACAAUGAAAGAGUGGAAGACAUUGAAGUAACGGGAAGCUCGUCGAUCAGCAACUUGCCAAAUCAAGGUGGAAAUGCGAGGAGGGAUGCUUUCGAGGUGAGAGAAACUUUCAAAAGUUAUUUCAACUCGGAAGCUGGAAUGGUUCCAUGGCAGUGA